CAGUGUGCGUCCGGCAGCUGGGGCGCCUCGGGGUGGAUCUUUCGUGGCUGGGCCUCAGCUCCGAGCCCCUUUCCAGCCCACACCCACGCUUACUUCGGCUCUCGCCUCAGUUCCUGGCCGGCAGACGCACCCCCGAAGUUGUCUGGAAGCUUCUCGUUGGGUCGGCAGUGUGAGGGUCCCACCGCGGCGUGUCGUGGGUGCCGCCCGGCCCGCGGUCCGCCCGCCCACCCGGCUUCUCGGCCUCCCGCACGGUUCUGGUCGGUGCUGCCCGUUUGGUCCGCUGGGCCUGGGCCUCACCCCCACGGCGGCGCCGCCGGACUCACGGGCCGGGUCCCCACCCGUGUCCCUCACGGACCGCAUCAUGAGAAGCCUGCCGUACUUCUGUCGGGGGCAAGUGGUGCGUGGCUUCGGCCGCGGCUCCAAGCAGCUCGGCAUCCCCACGGCUAAUUUUCCUGAGCAAGUAGUAGACAAUCUCCCAGCUGAUGUAUCCACCGGCAUUUAUUAUGGUUGGGCCAGUGUUGGAAGCGGAGAUGUUCACAAAAUGGUGGUGAGCAUUGGCUGGAACCCGUACUAUAAGAACUUGAAAAAGUCCAUGGAAACGCACAUCAUGCAUACUUUUAAAGAAGACUUCUAUGGGGAAAUCCUCAAUGUAGCCAUUGUUGGCUACCUCAGACCAGAAAAGAACUUCGAUUCUUUAGAGUCACUCAUUGCGGCAAUUCAAGGGGAUAUUGAGGAAGCUAAAAGACUACUGGAUUCCCCAGAACACUUGAAACUCAAAGAUGACAAUUUUUUCCAGGUCUCUAAAGGCAAAAUUAUGAAUGGUCACUGAUGAGAGAAAAAAGUAUCUUUUUUGUUUAUUCUGUUCUCUAGUAGUUCACUGAUCAUAACUGUGCAGACCCAUCCUGGUUUUGUUUGAAAGUCAAAUAUUUUCCUCUGGCUAUGAAUGAGUUCUGACAUUACAUGAAGUUGCCCUAUUAAUGUAUGCUUCAAUGCUAAUGAAACCCACCAUGCAGUAGCACUAAACAAAUCAAGAUUUUUAAAUGUAAUGUUGAUUAAAGUGAACCACUAGAAGGAUACUAAGUGUCUUAUAAUGGAAAUAGAAUGUAUAUACAUAUGGGUAAAAACACCAGCUUGCUAAUUUUAGAUGAGAAUUACAUACAGUUCCUCAUUUUAGAAUGCCAGUGUUGUGUAUCUGUAUAGCCUGUGCUGCUCAACAGAAGGCUUUAAAAUAGAAAUUUGAUAAUUUAUUUUAAAGGAGGAAUAUCCAGAAUGUAUAUUUUAUAUUGAUAUUCAUGUGUUAACUGUAGACAUGAAGGAUUUUGUUUUCCUCUUUCUCCGUGUGAGGCUUGUUCAUUGUACUCUGUACAUGCCUCUAUAGAACUGCCUCAGGUCUAAGUGGCCUAGUGUCCCCCUGCCUGUUGUUUUUUUGGAAGACUCUAAAAUGAAUGUUUUUUAUGCUGUGGGUCUUGCUUUUAUGUUAUAUAUUUCUUCUCUUAUUUUCGAUACUGGGGAUUGAACCAGGGCCUCAAGUCUGCCAGGCAAGAGUUCUACCACUUGGGCUAUACCUGGCCCUCUUAUACACCUGGGACUUGCUUCUUUUUAAGAGCAGAUAUUCCUCCUUUAACAUUGUUUUUUCUUUUAACUUUGGUUCUUUUUCCGUCCAGAGGUGAUGAACUGUUUUCCAGCCAAGGGCCAUUUGCAUGUUUAUCACAUUCUAGGCCAUAUGAAAUUAUCCAUACAGUUAGCUGUGCCUUGGACAUCUGAGGGAAAGCAUAUGUUUCUGUCCUGUCAUGCACUUGAUGAUUUGUGGGACUUCAUAUGGCCUGUGGGCUGGGGCUUCCCACUCUAAUGAAUGAGCAUUUGUUUUUCUCAGAAUAUCCUGCCACCGUACACCUAAUGGAUUGGAUCUGUCCAUACUAUUCUAUUCCACAUCUAUAUGAACAGUGGCUAACUGCAUAUUUGUAUUGGAUUUUUAGAAAAAAGAAAUUAGUUCAUCUGUAGAUGACCUCUGAUCUAAAGUAACACAUAGCAUUGAUGAGUAUGUAUCAGUUUGUUAAAGAAUAAAAAAAAUGCUUGUUUUCCCCCCCGAGGAAACUAUUUAUUAACCAAUUAAAUUAUGAUAUAGUUGGAAGGUUAUUUUUAAUGUGAUUAUAUGUUCCAGAGCAAAUGAGGGUUGUUAGAGUGGUGUCUGCUCUGUGUAGUUUACUGGGAAGUUGAAGAGCACUUUUAAAGUUAUAUAAUUUCUGUACUCUUCAUUUUUUAAUGCUAAUGACUGUAAGUUCUAGCCACUCAAGUCCUUUCAUUUAUAGUGGCAAAAAUAAGAAAUUUAGGAUAUUUACGAACUAAAUUGAAGAUUACUCUGCUGGUCAAAUCAUCUUUCAUCUUCACAGAGAUGUGUUGAUGGGGAGGCAGGUGACAGUAGAAGCUAAAGUAUAUAGAAGUUAGUUUUAAAGUUAACGCAUUACAGAUUGCUCUCCCUGAUUGGCAUAAGUGAAUUACAGUUAUAGGAAACAUAAUAUAUUAACACUUCUGUAAUCGAGGGAUGCAUACAUUU